GGGCGGGCCGUCCCCGGGCAUGGAGCGCGGGGGUGCAGAGCCUCGGGACGUUUGGGGCGCGCCUCGUCCGAUCCCGCGGUGCGCCUGAAGUUGCAGGCGGCCAGCGGCGGGGGGGCGGGCCCAAGGGGACGCUGGAGCGGCCGGCGUGCCGCGAGUGAGCUUUUGAGCCGGCGGCGAGACGCGGCGGUGGCCAGCAGCUGAGCAGGCGGCCCGUGGGGGCCGACCCGGAGGAGAGCAGAGCCGGAGGCGCGACGCGGCGCUUCUCCGCACACGCACACGGAGCCAUGGGGUGCCACGCUGCCACCAGCUGCCUCGUGGCCUGCCUGUUUGUGCUGAUCUCUGGAUGCUGGGGCCAGGUGAACCGACUGCCCUUCUUCACCAACCACUUCUUCGACACAUACCUGCUGAUCAGUGAGGACACGCCUGUGGGUUCCUCUGUGACGCAGCUGCUGGCCCGAGACAUGGACAAUGACCCCCUGGUGUUUGGCGUGUCUGGGGAGGAGGCCUCCCGCUUCUUUGCCGUGGAGCCUGACACAGGUGUGGUGUGGCUGCGGCAGCCGCUGGACAGAGAGACCAAGUCCGAAUUCACAGUGGAGUUCUCUGUCAGCGACCACCAGGGGGUGAUCACGCGGAAGGUGAACAUACAGGUCGGGGACGUGAAUGACAACGCACCCACUUUUCACAACCAGCCCUACAGCGUCCGCAUCCCUGAGAACACGCCAGUGGGGACGCCCAUCUUCAUCGUGAACGCCACGGACCCCGACCUGGGCGCAGGGGGCAGCGUCCUCUACUCCUUCCAGCCCCCCUCCCCGUUCUUCACCAUCGACAGUGCCCGCGGCAUUGUCACCGUGGUCCGGGAGCUGGACUACGAGACCACGCAGGCCUACCAGCUCACCGUCAACGCCACGGAUCAAGACAAGACCAGGCCUCUGUCCACCCUGGCCAACUUGGCCAUCAUCAUCACAGACGUCCAGGACAUGGACCCCAUCUUCAUCAACCUGCCCUACAGCACUAACAUCUAUGAGCAUUCUCCUCCGGGCACAACGGUGCGUGUUAUCACAGCCAUCGACCAGGAUAAAGGACGUCCCCGGGGGAUUGGCUACACCAUCGUCUCAGGGAAUACCAACAGCAUCUUCGCCCUGGACUACAUCAGCGGAGCGCUGACCUUGAACGGCCUGCUGGAUCGGGAGAACCCCCUGUACAGCCACGGCUUCAUCCUGACCGUGAAGGGCACAGAGCUGAAUGAUGACCGCACCCCCUCCGAUGCCACAGUCACCACAACCUUCAACAUCCUGGUCAUUGACAUCAAUGACAAUGCCCCAGAGUUCAACAGCUCUGAAUACAGCGUGGCCAUCACUGAGCUCGCACAGGUGGGCUUCGCCCUACCCCUCUUCAUCCAGGUGGUGGACAAGGACGAGAACUUGGGCCUGAACAGCAUGUUCGAGGUGUACCUGGUGGGGAACAAUUCCCAGCAUUUCAUCAUCUCCCCCACCUCUGUCCAAGGGAAAGCAGACAUUCGCAUCCGGGUGGCUGUCCCCCUGGACUACGAGACUGUGGACCGCUACGAUUUUGAUCUCUUUGCCAAUGAGAGCGUGCCUGACCAUGUGGGCUAUGCCAAGGUGAAGAUCGCCCUCAUCAACGAGAAUGACAACCGGCCCAUCUUCAGCCAGCCACUGUACAACACCAGCUUGUACGAGAAUGCCACCGUGGGGACCUCUGUGCUGACAGUCCUGGUCCCCAGCCCCUGGAGGGUCAGAGCUGGGGGAGCUCCUCUCACUGAUGAGAAGACCAAGUCAGGGAGACUGGAGCACUUCGAUGAGAAUGACAACCCGCCCACCUUCAGCAAGCCUGCCUACUUCGUCUCAGUGGUGGAGAACAUCAUGGCAGGAGCCACAGUGCUGUUCCUGAACGCCACGGACCUGGACCGCUCCCGGGAGUACGGUCAGGAGUCCAUCAUCUACUCCUUGGAAGGCUCCUCCCAGUUUCGGAUCAACGCCCGCUCAGGCGAAAUCACCACCACCUCCCUGCUUGACCGUGAGACCAAGUCUGAAUACAUCCUCAUCGUGAGAGCCGUGGACGGGGGUGUGGGCCACAACCAGAAAACCGGCAUUGCCACUGUGAACAUCACCCUCCUGGACAUCAACGACAACCACCCCACCUGGAAGGAUGCCCCCUACUACAUCAACCUGGUGGAGAUGACCCCUCCAGACUCCGAUGUGACCACAGUGGUGGCCGUGGACCCGGACCUGGGCGAGAACGGCACCCUGGUGUACAGCAUCCAGCCACCCAACAAGUUCUACAGCCUCAACAGCAGCACAGGCAAGAUCCGCACCACGCACGUGACCCUGGAUCGGGAGAACCCCGACCCCCGCGAGGCGGAGCUGAUGCGUGAGAUUAUCAUCGCCGUCACCGACUGUGGCAGUCCCCCUCUGAGAGCCACGAGCAGUGCCACGGUGUUUGUGAACCUCUUGGACCUCAACGACAACGACCCCACUUUCCAGAACCUGCCUUUCGUGGCUGAGGUGCUGGAAGGCACUCCAGCCGGGGUCUCUGUCUACCAGGUGGUGGCCGUCGACCUGGACGAGGGCCUGAACGGGCUGGUGUCCUACCGCAUGCAGGUGGGCAUGCCCCGCAUGGACUUCCUCAUCAACAGCUCCAGUGGCGUGGUGGUCACCAGCGCGGAGUUGGACCGCGAGCGCAUCGCCGAGUACCAGCUGCGCGUCGUGGCCAGCGACGCGGGCACGCCCACCAAGAGCGCCACCAGCACGCUCACCAUCCGAGUGCUGGACGUGAACGACGAGACGCCCACCUUCUUCCCGGCCACGUACAACGUCUCCGUGUCCGAGGACGUGCCGCGCGAGUUCCGGGUGGUCUGGCUGAACUGCACGGACGAUGACGCGGGCCUCAAUGCCGAGCUCAGCUACUUCAUCACAGGUGGAAACGUGGAUGGGAAGUUCAGCGUUGGCUACCGUGACGCCGUUGUAAGAACAGUAGUAAGCCUGGACCGGGAGACCACAGCCACAUACACGCUUGUCCUGGAGGCCAUCGACAACGGCCCCGUAGGUAAGCGGCGCACGGGGACGGCCACCGUGUUCAUCACCGUCCUGGACGUGAACGACAACCGGCCCAUCUUUCUGCAGAGCAGCUAUGAGGCCAGCGUCCCCGAGGACAUCCCUGAGGGACACAGCAUCAUGCAGCUGAAAGCCACAGAUGCAGAUGAGGGCGAGUUCGGGCGUGUGUGGUACCGCAUCCUUCAUGGUAACCAUGGCAACAACUUCCGGAUCCACGUCAGCAACGGGCUCCUUAUGCGAGGGCCCCGGCCCCUGGACCGAGAGCGGAACUCUUCCCACGUGCUCACAGUGGAGGCUUACAACCAUGACCUGGGCCCCAUGCGGAGCUCUGUCAGGGUGAUCGUGUACGUGGAGGACGUCAAUGACGAGGCCCCCGUGUUCACACAGCAGCAGUACAGCCGCCUGGGGCUUAGAGAGACAGCGGGUGUCGGCACGUCAGUCAUCGUAGUCCGAGCCACGGAUCGAGACACCGGGGACGGCGGCCUGGUGAAUUACCACAUCCUAUCUGGUGCGGAGGGGAAGUUCGAGAUUGACGAGAGCACGGGGCUCAUCAUCACCGUGGAUUACCUGGACUAUGAGACCAAAACCAGCUACCUGAUGAACGUGUCUGCCACCGACCAGGCCCCCCCCUUCAACCAGGGCUUCUGCAGCGUCUACGUCACGCUGCUCAAUGAGCUGGAUGAGGCUGUGCAGUUCUCCAACGCCUCCUACGAGGCGGCCAUCUUGGAGAACCUGGCACUGGGCACUGAGAUCGUGCGGGUCCAGGCCUACUCCAUUGACAACCUCAAUCAGAUCACCUACCGCUUCGACGCCUAUACCAGCGCCCAGGCCAAAGCCCUGUUCAAGAUAGAUUCCGUCACGGGUGUGAUCACGGUCAAGGGCCCGGUGGACCGGGAAAAAGGCGACUUCUACACCUUGACAGUGGUGGCAGACGAUGGGGGCCCCAAGGUGGACUCCACUGUGAAGGUCUAUAUCACAGUGCUGGACGAGAACGACAACAGUCCCCGGUUUGACUUCACCUCCGACUCUGCCGUCAGCGUGCCCGAGGACUGCCCCGUGGGCCAGCAGGUGGCCACCGUCAAGGCCCGGGACCCCGACGCUGGCAGCAACGGGCAGGUGGUCUUCUCCCUGGCCUCUGGCAACAUCGCUGGGGCCUUUGAUAUUGUCACCACCAAUGACUCCAUUGGCGAAGUGUUUGUGGCCAGGCCUCUGGACAGAGAAGAGCUAGACCACUACAUCCUCAAGGUUGUAGCAUCCGACCGUGGCAGCCCUCCACGGAAGAAGGACCACAUCCUACAGGUGACCGUCCUGGAUGUCAAUGACAACCCUCCAGUGAUCGAGAGCCCUUCUGGGUACAAUGUCAGUGUGAAUGAGAACGUGGGUGGGGGUACUGCUGUGGUCCAGGUGAGAGCCACCGACCGUGACGUCGGGAUCAACAGCGUCCUGUCCUACUAUAUCACUGAGGGCAACGAGGACAUGACCUUCCGCAUGGACCGGAUCAGUGGUGAGAUUGCCACACGGCCUGCCCUGCCCGACCGCGAGCGCCAGGGUUUCUACCACCUGGUGGUCACCGUGGAGGACGAAGGCACCCCCACCCUGUCGGCCACCACUCACGUGUACGUGACCAUCGUGGACGAGAAUGAUAACGCACCAGUGUUCCAGCAGCCCCACUAUGAGAUCUUACUGGACGAGGGCCCAGACUCAAUCAACGCUAGCCUCAUCACCAUCCAGGCGCUAGACCUGGACGAGGGGCCCAAUGGCACAGUUAACUACGCCAUUGUCUCAGGCAACAUCAUCAACACCUUCCGUAUCGACAGGCACACGGGCAUCAUCAGUGCCACCAAGGAACUGGACUAUGAGAUUAGCCAUGGCCGCUACACUCUGAUAGUCACUGCCACGGACCAGUGCCCCAUCUUGUCUCAGCGCCUCACCUCUACCACCAUGGUGCUUGUGAACGUGAAUGACAUCAAUGACAAUGUGCCCACCUUCCCCCGAGACUACGAGGGGCCAUUUGAUGUCACCGAGGGCCAGCCGGGGCCCCGAGUGUGGACCUUCCUGGCCCACGACCAGGACUCAGGCCCCAACGGGCAGGUGGAAUACAGCAUCGUGGAUGGAGACCCUCUGGGGGAGUUUGUGAUCUCUCCUGUGGAGGGGGUGCUGCGGGUCCGGAAGGAUGUGGAGCUGGACCGGGAGACCAUUGCCUUUUACAACCUGACCAUCUGUGCCCGCGACAGGGGGAUGCCUCCACUCAGCUCCACGAUGCUGGUGGGGAUUCGGGUGCUGGACAUCAAUGACAAUGACCCCGUGCUGCUGAACCUGCCCGCGAACAUCACCAUCAGUGAGAACAGCCCCGUCUCCAGCGUCAUCGCCCAUAUCCUGGCCAGCGACGCCGACAGCGGCUGCAACGCGCUCCUCACCUUCAACAUCACUGCAGGCAACCGAGAGCGGGCCUUCUCCAUCAAUGCCACGACAGGGGUCAUCACCGUGAACCGGCCACUGGACCGCGAGCAGAUCCCAGAGUACAAGCUGACCAUUUCCGUGAAGGACAACCCAGAGAACCCACGCAUAGCCAGGAGGGAUUUUGACUUGCUGCUGAUCUUUCUGGCAGACGAGAAUGACAACCACCCCCUCUUUACCGAGAGCACCUACCAGGCAGAGGUGAUGGAGAACUCUCCCACUGGGACCCCCCUCACGGUGCUCAACGGGCCCAUCCUGGCCCUGGACGCAGACCUGGACGUCUACGCCAUGGUGACCUACAAGCUGCUGGGCUCCCAGAGUGGCCUCUUUGACAUCGACAACAGCACCGGCAUGGUGACAGUGAGGUCAGGUGUCAUCAUUGACCGGGAGGCCUUCUCAACCCCGGUCCUGGAGCUGCUGCUGCUGGCUGAGGAUAUCGGGCUGCUAAAUGGCACAGCUGACCUGCUGGUCACCAUCCUGGAUGACAAUGACAACUGGCCCACCUUCAGCCCUCCCACCCUCACAGUCCACCUGCUAGAAAACUGCCCGCCAGGAUUCUCAGUCCUUCAGGUCACAGCCACAGACAGGGACAGUGGCCUCAAUGGGGAGCUGAUCUACCGAAUAGAAGCUGGGGCUCAGGACCGCUUCCUCAUCCACCCAGUCACUGGGGUCAUCCGUGUUGCCAAUGCCACCAUCGACAGGGAGGAGCAGGACUCCUACAGGCUGACAGUGGUGGCCACCGACAGGGGCACCGUCCCUCUCUCGGGCACGGCCACCAUCACUAUCCUUAUCAACGACAUUAAUGACUGCCGCCCUGAGUUCCUCAACCCCAUCCAGACGGUGAGUGUGCUGGAGUCGGCGGAGCCAGGCACCGUCAUAGCCAACAUCACCGCCAUCGACCGUGACCUCAACCCAAAGCUAGAGUACCACAUCAUCGGCAUCGUGGCCAAGGAUGACACUGACCGCCUGGUACCCGACCAGGAGGAUGCCUUUGCUGUGAAUAUCAACACAGGGUCCGUAAUGGUGAAGUCCCCGCUGAACCGGGAGCUGGUUGCCACCUAUGAGGUCACUCUGUCGGUGAUUGACAAUGCCAGUGACCUACCAGAGCGCUCUGUCAGCCUGCCAAAUGCCAAGCUGACAGUCAACAUCCUGGAUGUCAAUGACAAUACACCCCAGUUCAAGCCCUUCGGGAUCACCUACUACACAGAGCGGAUCCUGGAGGGGGCCACCCCAGGCACCACGCUCAUUGCUGUGGCCGCCGUGGACCCGGACAAGGGCCUCAAUGGGCUGAUCACCUACACUGUGCUGGACCUGAUGCCCCCGGGCUAUGUCCAGCUGGAAGACCCCUCAGCAGGGAAAGUCAUUGCCAACCAGACGGUGGACUAUGAGGAAGUGCAUUGGCUCAACUUCACCGUGAGGGCCUCGGACAACGGCUCUCCACCCCGGGCAGCUGAGAUCCCCGUCUAUCUGGAGAUCGUGGACAUCAAUGACAACAACCCCAUCUUUGACCAGCCUUCUUACCAGGAAGCCGUCUUUGAGGAUGCGCCCGUGGGCACAGUUAUCCUGACCGUCACCGCCACAGACGCCGACUCGGGCAACUUUGCCCUCAUUGAGUACAGCCUCGGGGAUGGAGAAGGCAAGUUUGCCAUCAACCCCACCACGGGUGACAUCUAUGUGCUGUCCUCUCUGGACCGGGAGAAGAAGAACCACUAUAUUCUGACGGCCUUGGCCAAAGACAACCCUGGGGAUAUAGCCAGCAACCGUCGAGAAAAUUCGGUGCAGGUGGUGAUCCAGGUGCUGGACGUCAACGACUGCCGGCCCCAGUUCUCCAAGCCCCAGUUCAGCACGAGCGUGUAUGAGAAUGAGCCGGCAGGCACCUCAGUCAUCACCAUGCUGGCCACAGACCAGGAUGAGGGCCCCAAUGGGGAGCUGGCCUACUCACUCGAGGGCCCCGGCGUGGAGGCCUUCCACGUGGACACGGACUCAGGUCUGGUGACCACAAAGCGGCUGCUGCAGUCCUACGAGAGGUUUAACCUGACCGUGGUGGCCACGGAUGGCGGACAGCCCCCACUCUGGGGCACCACCAUGCUCCUGGUGGAGGUCAUCGACGUCAACGAUAACCGCCCUGUCUUCGUGCGCCCGCCCAACGGCACCGUCCUCCACAUCAGAGAGGAGAUCCCGCUGCGCUCCAAUGUAUACGAGGUCUAUGCCACGGACAAGGACGAGGGCCUCAAUGGGGCCGUUCGCUACAGCUUCCUGAAGACCGCGGGCAACCGGGACUGGGAGUACUUCACCAUCGACCCCAUCAGCGGCCUCAUCCAGACAGCUCAGCGCCUGGACCGCGAGAAACAGGCCCUGUACAGCCUCAUCCUGGUGGCCAGCGACCUGGGCCAGCCAGUGCCAUACGAGACCAUGCAGCCGCUGCAAGUGGCCCUGGAGGACAUCGACGACAAUGAACCCGUCUUUGUGAGGCCUCCAAAAGGCAGCCCCCAGUACCAGUUGCUGACAGUGCCCGAGCACUCUCCACCCGGCACCCUCGUGGGCAACGUGACAGGCGCCGUGGACGCGGACGAGGGCCCCAACGCCAUCGUGUACUAUUUCAUUGCAGCCGGCAACGAAGAGAAAAACUUCCAUCUGCGGCCUGACGGGCGCCUGCUGGUGCUGCGGGACCUGGACCGGGAGCGGGAAGCCGUCUUCUCCUUCAUCGUCAAGGCCUCGAGCAACCGCAGCUGGACACCCCCGCGGGGGCCCUUCCCGGCCCUCGACCUGGUCACUGACCUCACCCUGCAGGAGGUGCGCGUCGUGCUGGAAGACAUCAACGACCAGCCCCCGCGCUUCACCAAGGCCGAAUACACUGCAGGAGUGGCCACCGACGCCAAGGUGGGCUCAGAGUUGAUCCGGGUGCUGGCUCUGGAUGCGGACACUGGCAACAACAGCCUCGUCUUCUACGGCAUCCUGGCCAUCCACUACUUCCGGGCCCUCGCCAAUGACUCUGAGGACGUGGGACAGGUCUUCACCAUGGGGAGUGUGGAUGGCAUCCUGCGUACCUUCGACCUCUUCAUGGCCUACAGCCCUGGCUACUUUGUGGUGGACAUCGUGGCCCGGGACCUGGCAGGCCACAAUGACACGGCCAUCGUCGGCAUCUACAUCCUGAGGGACGACCAGCGUGUCAAGAUAGUCAUUAAUGAGAUCCCCGACCGCGUGCGUGGCUUCGAGGAGGAGUUCAUCGGCCUGCUCUCCAACAUCACUGGCGCCAUUGUCAACACGGAUGACGUGCAGUUCCAUGUGGACAAGAAGGGCCGGGUGAACUUCGCACAGACAGAGCUGCUCAUCCAUGUGGUGAACCGCGAUACCAACCGCAUCCUGGACGUGGACCGGGUGAUCCAGAUGAUCGACGAGAACAAGGAGCAGCUACGGAAUCUCUUCCGGAACUACAACGUCCUGGAUGUGCAGCCUGCCAUCUCUGUCCGGCUGCCCGACGACAUGUCUGCCCUGCAGAUGGCGAUCAUCGUCCUGGCCAUUCUCCUCUUCCUGGCGGCCACGCUCUUCAUCCUCAUGAACUGGUACUACAGGACCGUACACAAGAGGAAGCUCAAAGCCAUUGUGGCUGGCUCAACAGGGAACCGUGGUUUCAUCGACAUCAUGGACAUGCCCAACACCAACAAGUAUUCCUUCGAUGGAGCCAACCCCGUGUGGUUGGAUCCUUUCUGCCGGAACCUGGAGCUGGCUGCCCAGGCGGAGCACGAGGACGACCUGCCCGAGAACCUGAGCGAGAUCGCAGACCUGUGGAACAGCCCCACCCGCACCCAUGGAACUUUUGGGCGUGAACCCGCAGCAGUCAAGCCUGACGAUGACCGGUACCUGCGGGCAGCCAUCCAGGAGUAUGACAACAUUGCCAAGCUGGGCCAGAUCAUUCGGGAGGGACCCAUCAAGCUGAUCCAGACGGAGCUGGAGGAUGAGCCGGGGGAGCGCAGCCCCGGCCAGGGCAGCCUGCGCUUCCGCCACAAGCCACCAGCAGAGCUCAAGGGGCCCGACGGGAUCCACAUGGUACAUGGCAGCACGGGCACGCUGCUGGCCACCGACCUUAACAGCCUGCCCGAGGAUGACCAGAAGGGCCUAGGUCGCUCACUGGAGACCCUGACCACCGCGGAAGCCAGUGCCUUCGAGCGCAACGCCCGCACGGAGUCAGCCAAAUCCACACCCCUGCACAAGCUUCGUGACGUGAUCCUCGAGAGCCCCCUGGAGAUCACAGAGCUAUGACCGGACGGGGGGGCCUCGCUGCUGUCCCCCAUCCCUCCCAGAGCAGAGCAGGACCACAGUGGGGGCCCCUCCCCAGGCCAGCUCUACAGCCUUGGGCCGGCCUGGGGGAGCCCACCCCAGCCGCUCAGAUUCCACUUCUGCCAGACGCCCAUUCAGCACCUGACCUCUACCUUCAUAAAAUUUGUUAUUUUUUUAAGAAAACCAAACAAACAAAAAAAAAGCAUCUAAGGACAAGGUAAGGAGGGUCACUGGGGGCCCAGGAGUCUGAGGAUGAACUCAGCAGCCCAGGCUGAGCUCUAAGAGGCCAAGCAGGCCUUCCCCACAUCCCUGUCCGACUCCCAUUCCCCCCACGCCCAGCACCAGGGGAGGGAGGCCCAGAGCUGGCAUACCCCACCUGGCCUUGACUCCCUGAUUUCAGUUCAAGUCCCCAAUGCAUUUCUAGCACAUCCCCGGCUGGACACCCAGGUGGGGGCAGUGAGUGAUCCCUGCCUCCCCACAUGGACAUGAUCAAUGUCAGCAAACUGCGUUCUCUACAUUCCACUGGCUUCCCAAACGUGUCCGGCUCAUGAAGAGAAAGGACUGGUGUUCCCUUGGGUUCUGAAUGUAGGGUGUUCGUGUGUAUUCCUUUUUUAAAUUAAGUUAUUCCCUCAACA